AUGCAACAUGGUCCCCUACAGCUUUUUCAUCUACUUCUAAACCAUGGGAUAGCACUGGUACGCUACUCCAGUCGUGAGGAAGCAUCAAAAGCUCAGUCAGCUUUGAACAAUUGUGUCCUUGGCAACACCACCAUCCUCGCUGAUAUACCGAGCGAGUCCGAGGUCCAGCAGUACCUUCAGCUUGCCAGUUCUAGCGGGAUGGGAUGGACAAGCAAUCAAUCCUCAGGGAGUGCCAGCACUUCGUCGUCUGGCUUCCGCAGCAACGGUAGCUCGUACCCCUUCAGCGGAAGUGGGGGCAGUGGCAGUAGCCGUAUGGAAUCGGGUACUUGGAACCCCACCAGCUCUCGUUUGUGGGCUUUCCCCGGUAACAGCAGCAGCAGCCUGUGGAGCACUCCUACUAAUAUGAGUGACAGAAAUCAAAACUCGCGUUCCUUCUACAAUUCCUUUUUGUCUAGCGAUUUGUUGGGCACCGAGUCCAUGUAA